AUGGAAUCUUUAAUUAUGGUUAUGAACAAACUACAAGACGUUUUUGCAACUGUUGGUUCAAAACAAAAAGUUGACCUUCCACAGAUCAUUGUGGUAGGCUCACAAAGCUCUGGAAAGAGUAGUGUCUUAGAAAGUUUGGUGGGCAAAUCAUUUUUACCAAGAGGCACAGGUAUAGUGACACGAGCACCUUUAGUGUUACAUCUAAUACAUCCAACCGAAUGUGAAACUGGAAAUGGCGAUUCCAAGAAAUCAAAAGAUUAUGCCACAUUUCUGCAUAAACCAGGUGUUAUUUUUAAUGAUUUUAAUAAAGUUAGAAAAGAAAUUGAAACUCAAACAGAAGUACUUACCGGAGGCCAGAAGAAUAUUACUGAUUCACCUAUUGUGUUAAACAUUUAUUCUAAGCAAUUUUAUAAUUUGAGUUUUGUUGAUCUUCCAGGCCUUACUAAAGUGCCUGUUAGUGGCCAACCCCAAGACAUAGAACAGAAAAUAAGGGAUUUAGUAUUAAAUUUUAUUAAAAACCCAAAUUCAAUAAUAUUGGCUGUAGUUACAGCAAAUACUGACCCAGCCACUAGUGAGAGCUUGCACAUUGCAAAAUCUGUGGACCCAAAUGGUGAUCGUACAAUAGCGGUUGUUACUAAGAUAGAUAUAAUGGACGCUGGGACUGACGCUACAGAGUUACUUUCUGGAGAAGUUAUUCCAGUUAAACUUGGAAUAAUCGGUGUCAUAAAUCGUUCGCAAAAAGAUAUAAACGAUCAAAAAACUAUUGAACAUUCUCUCAAGGACGAAAAAGCAUUUUUUGAUAAAUUUUAUCCCGAUAUAGCACAAAUCCAUGGCUCGGUUGUUUUAGGGAAACGACUUGAAUUCCUCUUGAUAGAAAAAAUAAAAGAGACCUGUCCAAAACUAAGAGCCCAACUAUAUGAAAUGAACAAUAAGUACGAACAUGAAGUGAAGAAAUAUAAAGAAUUUACUGAAAACUAUGAUCGUUCCUUACUUGAUUUGAUCACCCAGACUGCAGCUAGUUACAAAGCUGGUUUGGAUGGCCGAGCUGAUUUGAGUUUUAAAGGCCUUAAUGGUGGUGCGACCAUUGCAAAAUAUUUCAAAACCAAUUUUAAUAAAGAUAUUAAUGAAAUUGAUCCACUUCAAGGCUUAUCUGCUGACAUUAUUAUUAAUGUUAUCAAUAAUGCAUCUGGAACAAACAUGGGCGUUUUUAUGCCAACUGAUGCAUUUGAUCAUUUGGUAAAGAAACAAAUACAAUUGUUAGAAGCUCCGUCAUUAGCAUGUGUCACUACUGUACAUGAUGAGUUAGCAACAAACAUAUGCAGACUUGAUGAUGACAUUAGUUACAAGUUAAAAAAAUAUCCUAGACUUUUUGAAAAAGUUAAUGAAAUAUUAUUAGAAUCAUUGGCUAGGUACAAGCUAAAAUCAUCAGAAGCAGUAAGUAAAUUAAUUGAAUACCAGAAGGCAUACGUGAAUACCGAUCACGUUGAUUUUAUUGAAUCCAUAACAAAGUCCAAUGAAUAUCAUGAGCUUUUUGAGAAGCCAGCCAAUAUGGGUAAAUUAGGCAAAUUUGAGGAAGAAGCUCGGGAAGAAGGGUUUGCCGAAUUACCAAACUACUACAAUAGUCAAGAAGAGAUGCUCUCACAUAAAAAUGAAAUUAAAUCAUGGCCGAAGAGCAUAACACUAAAAAUGCGCAAAACUGUUGAGAAAAUAACAACAUGUGCUUUCAGUGGUUUUCCUGAUUCUGAUAAACUUAUAUUAGAAAGUAGAGCUGGUUUACUCACAUUAUUUAUAAAAUGUUACUUUGUGGUUAUUAAAAAAAUAAUUCAAGAUACGGUGCCCAAGACAAUUAUGUACGAAAUGGUAAACAAGAUAAAAGAUAACUUUCAUAAAGAUUUAAUCACCAAAGUGUACAAAUCAAGUAAUCUUAAUAUGGCAGAAUUGUUACUUGAAUCCAAAGAUAUUGAAGAUGAGCGGAUAAAAUCAGUUAAUCGUUAUGACGCAUCUACAAAAGCAUUAAAGCUGAUGAGAGAAAUAGAACAAAUUUGUCUCAUUACUGAGUCAUAA